AUGACCAAACUCCUCACCUACGGAGCCAUCUUCGGUCUCCUCACUGCCCUCUACUACUUCCUAGAUUCACAUCUCGAAUCCUUCUACAUCUUCUCACCGACCCAACUCCACGAUCUCUCCCAACGUGCCAUUGGUGCUCAUGGCAAUGAUACGGCUCAAGUUGUAAGGUACAUUGUAGAUGAAUUGAGCGAGCAACAUCCGGGGGGUUAUAUCAAUUUGGAUCAGGAAUGGAUUUUUAACAAUGCGGGCGGCGCCAUGGGUGCCAUGUAUAUUAUUCAUGCGAGUGUUACGGAGUAUUUGAUUAUUUUUGGAACUACGAUUGGUACUGAAGGUCAUACUGGUCGUCAUACGGCUGAUGAUUAUUUUCAUAUAAUUGCUGGUACCCAAUUGGCCUAUACACCUGGAUCCUUCGAACCGGAAGUUUACCCUCAAGGAAGUGUCCAUCAUCUUCGUCGUGGUACUGUCAAGCAGUACAAGAUGGAUGCGGCUUGUUUCGCUCUCGAGUAUGCGAGAGGUUGGAUCCCACCUAUGAUGGGUUUUGGGUUUGCGGAUGGUCUGACUAGCACUUUGGAUUUCCCAACUUUGUGGAGAACCACUUGGGUUACUGGUAGAGAGAUGGUUUUGAAUUUGGCGAGGUUCAAAUUGUAA